AUGUCAUCGGACAUACAGGUCUUUGUUAAAUGGAAAGACCAGUCUAUCUUUGCCGGAGAAGAUGUGGAAUGCACCAUUACCUUCAAGAACGUUGCGGAGAGGAGCGAAGACCUCAAUAAUGCGCAAUCGCCCCAUCUCAGGAAGCAGUCCCGGGCUGCAGUCACCCCUCGCUCGGAGUCUUUCUCCCUACGACUUCCGUCUAAUCCCUUCAGAAAUCCCAAUCGCCGGUCAUACCCCGUUAGUCCUGGGAAGAGUCCGUCCCAUCGCAUUUCCUCCUCCGUGAGUUCGCCGUUGAUCGGCUCUCACAGCUUCCCGCCCCCGUCCACGCCGCGAACUGGGCCAUCGGCUGGCCACAAACACAAAAGAUCCGUAUCCAUACUGUCUAUUGAUAGCGAAGGAGGGAAUUCCAGCAUUGUGGGCGAUAAAGCACCGAGGACUCCAUCCCAAUUGACUCAUUCAAGACCAGUGAGGGGCCAUGGACGCUCCGCGAGUCUCCAAGUCGUACCAAAAAGAUAUGAAGGUUACGAGGACAAUGCGAAAGGGUUACGGAGCCCAAUUCGCGGCUUUCUAUCGUCUGAAUACCCUAUGCAGCCAUCCCCUGGGGGAACGAGGGUAGACAUGGAUGUAAUGAAACCGAGCGGUUCUUCUGGGGCUCCAAGCCCUGUAAGGCCAACACCACAAAUACGCACGCCAGGACGGAGACCACAGUUACCACCGAUAGAUUUCAAGUUUCCCCCUGCCCCGGAGAACGACACGAGUACGGGGCCUAGCCCCGGAACACCCUUGACGACAACCCGAGACUCUUCUAGUUUGGCCGCUCCAGGGCAGAUGUCACAGUCAAAAGUCCUGUCAGCUUCCAGUCUGAGUGGAAGCCACAGGAGCAGUACAGAAUUCUACUCCCUCAGCAACAAUUCCACCGAAACUCUACAGUCAGAGUACACAAAUUAUUCAAAUCCCAUGCUUCGAGCAGGUUAUUCGCGCCACAACAGGCAUAUGUCUAGCAUGGAGUCAGCACUGCCGGUUCCCAACGGGCAGGCACUUCUCAUGGGUUAUGCGCAAAUAAGCGCGUCGUUCACAGUAGACGGCUCGCUCAUCAAUCAAUCUGCUUUCGACGAGGUUAAGCGGCAAGGUAUGGUUGGCGGUGCAAGGAAUGGCGGCGCAGCGAAUUCGAGGCCUGCUUCGUCCAGCGGUAAAAAUCGAAAAGGCGGGGGUUUCUGGGGCGCUUUGAAUUGGAAUUCGAUAGAAGAAUCAAUCAGUGGCUUGCUUUCCAACAAUGACCUCGACGGCCUUCGAGAUAUGCGAGGUGUGUCCUCAUCAAGAUCUAUUCCUUUGUUGUCGACCCCUCAAUCACUUCUCUUUGUGGACCUUCGACUGGCCCCAGGCGAGGAGCAGUCUUUCUCCUUCGCGUUUACUUUACCUAGCGGUCUUCCGGCAAGCCACAAGGGGAAGGCCAUCAAGAUAUCCUACAAUCUGGUUAUUGGAACACAGCGACCUAGUGGGAGUCACGAGCCUCAAAAGGUGAACCGUAUCAGCAUACCGUUCCGUGUCUUUAGUGGUGUCAAUGCUCAAGGAGAAAUCAUUGGACACGACCUGAUGCGUCCUUAUGUAAUUUUGCGUGAUGAGGCCAGGGUGCAGAAAAUUGGCUCUGCCCCCCCAAUGACUGCGAAGGCUGAGAGUAUAAGUCGCCCGGCAUGGACUUCAGCUCCCGAGUUCUUAUCAUAUGUGGAUGAAAUUCUCGAACAACGGUCUCGCUCCAGUUCUCUCAAACUGCCAAGCACGCUCGCUGAAAGGCGGGCGAGUUACGAUUUGACAGGGGGACCGUUGUCUUGCAAAGACGCCAUUGACCUUGCCAUCCUCCGAAGUAAUCAAACGAUCAACUCGUCACAGAGUCCGAAUCGGUUCGAGAUUGCGCGUGGAGGACGUCGAAUUGCUGUUGUAGUGCUUAACCGACCAGCCCAUAGGCUCGGCGAAACCCUCAUUGCAACAGUGAAUCUAGCUGACGCAGCACUUCCAUGUUAUGCACUAAGAGCGACAUUGGAGAGCUCUGAGAAAGUCGCCCCGCAUUUGGCGGUGCGGUCUGGCGCCAGUAUUCGACGAGCGACGCGCCGAGUCCAUGCGUCUUUUUUCGAGAUUACUCUUUAUUCCACUCGAGUUGUUUUCAGCCCCGCGAUCCCGAUAUCUGCCACUCCUACAACACUCACAAGCGGUGUCAACGUCGAAUGGGAGUUACGGUUCGAAUUCGUGACAACAAACACCCGGGGUCAGCUGGGUGCCGGGCCUUCAGGUGUGCGACUGCUAGAGACGGUAUCUGAGGAUGAACGGGGCGCUACUAUGUCGGCUCUGGAGCAUGUAGGCUGCGAGUCGUUCGAGGUUGCAAUUCCCAUCACAAUAUAUGGAGAAACUGUGCGAGAGCGCUUGCCUGAGGAGAACGAGGGGUACCCUAUAUAA